AUGGAAAAUAAGGAGGUGAUUGGUGACAGCCAACGUGGCUUCACUAAGGACAAGUCAUGCCUGACCAGUUUGGUGGCCUUCUACAACAAGGCUGCAGAGACGUUUGAUGACACCAAAACGCCCGGCUCUUCCAAGCAGACAUUCCCGGUUCCUCCCCCCAUCCCGCUCUCGUGGCGCUGCCCUCGGGGUCGCAGUUCCCCGACCCACCGCUCGGGGGCGCUCCCGGCGGGGACCCCGGGAAUGUCCCGGGAGCAGCUCCGGGGCACCCGUGCCGUGUCCUACAACUGCCACCAGUGUGGGAAAAGUUCUUCCUGUUCUUCAAGUUUAAUCCAGCACCAGCGAAUCCACAUGGGCGAGAGACCCUUCAGGUGUCAGGAGUGUGGGAAGGGCUUUGCCUACAACUCCUUAGUAACCCAGCACUGCCGGAUCCACAUGGCUGAGAGGUCCUACAAGUGCACUCAGUGCGAGAAGAGCUUUGUUAGCAAGAGCAAUUUAACGUAUCACCAACAUGUCCACUCCGGGGAAAAACCCUUCAGGUGUCCCCAGUGUGGGAAGAGCUUCAUUACCAGCAGCAGUUGGAUACGUCACCAACGUGUUCACACUGGAGAAAAACCCUACACAUGUUCCCAGUGUGAAAGGAGCUUCGCAAACAGGUCAGACCUCACCUCUCACCUCCGGGUCCACACGGGUGAACGUCCCUACAAAUGUCCCAAAUGCGGGAAGAGCUUUGCCAGGAUCUGCACACUUGUCAAUCAUAAUCGCAUCCACACAGGAGAGAAACCCUACACGUGUCCCCAGUGCCAGAUGAGCUUCAGUCACAGCUGCACCUUGUGGAAACAUCAACGGUUCCAUAUGGGUGAGUGACCCUUCAGCUGCUCCCAGUGCGAGAAGA